GUUAGGAUUUAAUUUUACUGGAUAUAAACUGGUUAAGUCCCAGUUGAAGGAGUUAAAAAGUAGGGCCGAAUUAGUUGGGCUAGAAUUGGGUAUUGACUUAUCGGUCUCGCAAUGGUCCAGCAAAAUGGAUAGGGACGAAGAGACAGAUAGAAAAGUCAAAUUAAUGGGGGUGAAUUUGCCUACCAAAGCUAUUAUCUGUUUGUCAUCCCUGUGAUCAUCUUGUUUGAUUUACCCGCGAGCCGUAAUGUGAAUGUGCAGCACUCAUUUGUAACCAAGCUAGGCUAUCCAGGAGACGCCAUUUGAAAUGAUUACUUCCUCUUCUUCUCUCUUCUUUCUCUCCCAAACUAUUAUUUUCCCAACCAAAAUUUACUCUCUUAAUCCCCAGAAGCGCAUCUGUCUCACUAAAACCUCAAGAAUUGCUAUUGAGCCCUCAUUGAGUUUUCGACCUACCAUCCUUUGCAACUGCCUCUCUUCGCCCGUUAAUCUUCUUUCAGAGAUUGAAACAGUUACAUUCUUUCAAGAAUUAGGAUUCAGUGAUAAAGAUUCUGAAUUACUUUUUAAGCAGAAUCCCACUCUGAGAUUAACAUCUUUUGAUAAAAUACGUGACCGCAUUCUUACUUUGCAGUCUGUUGGACUCAAAGGAAUUGCACUUUUUCGAGUGAUUAGUAAAUCCCCAAAUGUAUUAAUAGCAGAGGAAAUUGAUCCAUUGAUUUGUUUUCUUUGUGACGAUUUGGGAGGAAAGAUUGAGCCACUGCAGAUUGAACGCCUUCUUGUUGGAGCAGAAACAAGAUAUUUGGUGGGGUUUGAUCAAAAGGUUCGGCUGCUUGGGAUUCCUCCAGAAAAGAUUGUUCAUGUUCUCAACAAUGUUAAUUUAACUAAGGCCUUAUGCCUCAAGUCAUUUGAAGAAAUUGAAAGAACUAUUGCUUUCUUGAACCCCUUUGGUGGUACUGAUUUAAUUGUGAAGCGUCCAAGACUUCUCAAUUAUGAUUUGGAUACUCAGCUGCUUCCAAGAAUUAAUUUCAUCAAUAAGCUUAGUCGCGGGGAUGUGGAUGCCACACGAACUGUUUUCCUGAAAUUCCCUUUAAUCUUGAGUUACAGUGUGAAGCAUGUAGAAAAACAUGUGGAGUUGUUGAGGUCGUUUGGUGGACUAAAUGACGAGGAAAUUUUCAAGAUUUUUCUCGUGUUCCCUGGUUUGAUUAGUGCUAGUAGAGAAAGGAAAAUACAUCCUAGAAUGGAGUUUCUUAAGCAAUGUGGUUUGAAUUCCAGUGACCUUUUCAAGUUCUUGAAAAAGGCCCCAUUAUUUCUAGCCAUGUCCUUCGAUAAACUUGCACAGAAGCUUGUGUUUUUGGUGAAGAUAGGGUAUAAAUAUAGAACGAAGGAGUUAGCCGCAGCAAUGGGAGCUGUGACCAGAACAGGCUGUGGAAACAUGCAAAAGGUAAUUGGAGUAUUCUUGAGUUAUGGGCUAUCUUUUGCAGACAUUCUUGCCAUGAGCAAGAAGCACCCUCAGAUACUGCAGUACAAUCAUAGCUCUUUAGAGGAGAAGAUGGAGUAUUUGAUAGGAGAAAUGGAUCGUGAAGUAGGAGAGCUAUUGGCCUUUCCUGCAUUUCUUGGUUACAAGCUUGAUGACAGGAUUAAGCACCGGUAUGAAGUAAAGAGGAAGACUUUAGGGGAAGGAAUGUCAAUCAAUAAGCUGUUAUGUGUUUCAGCAGAGAGAUUCAAGACCAACGAGAAGAAGAAAACUUCGAUUCAUAUUUGACAAAUUGAUGGCUGCACCAUUUUAUUCUUUGUAAGAGUCAUUUUAAUUUUUCACCUCGGGCAUUUUGGAUUCACAAUUAAAGUUAAUUUCAAUUGCAGCUUGGGGAAUAAGGCAUCAAAUGAAAUGGUCACAGCCCUUUUUGGGAAGAUUGGAUUGGAGCUUAAACUUGAGGAAUCUACUUAAUAUCAAGCUUGGGGUAAGCCUUCUUAAGAUGGUUCAUCAUACAUCUAAAUCCACUAGAGAACAUAAUUGUUCUUUCUUUUGUUGUACUAGUGCUUCACGAUGUGCAUAUUUAGAGCAACAUAUUGUUUGAGAUGUAAGAUAUAUCCCUCAAUUUUGCUCAUCUUUCUUCAAUUAUUUCCCUUUUCUUUUUGUGUCUCUGAUAAUGAGACCUGUCAAAAACUAGAUGAAAAUUUUCAUGUUUGAAACUUUGUACACUAUGUACGAACUCAAAAGUUAAAUGCUGGAAAGAAGUUGUGAAAUCAGCCACACGGCGUGCAGGCUUAACCACA